CCUGGACGCUCCGCGGUCUCCAUGUCUGCAGUGAAGAAACUAGUAGGUCUAUCGAGACACCUCAACAAGUGCACUCUUGCUCCUUCUCUGUAGACAAGAUGCUGAUUGGUUUAAAAAAAGAAGCAGAACCAACUUGGAGAGAGUUUUGAGGCACAACAAUGGCCUCUUGUGAAGGUGCCGGCUGUGACGACAGAGCCACCAUGGGUCGCAAAGAAAUAACCUGCAGUUGGAAGAAAGUCAUCAACAAUAUCAGAGAUGUGUUCGAAUUCAAACAAGCGCUGGGAUCGGGUUCGUUCUCCGAGGUUUAUCUGGUGAGAGAAAAGAAGACUGGAAACCUCUAUGCCCUGAAGUGUCUGAAGAAAAAACACCUCAGCUGUAGCAAGCUAGAGAACGAGAUCACUGUGCUGAAGAAGAUAAGGCACGACAAUGUGGUUGGAUUGGAAGACUUCUAUGAAACUCGGACGUACUACUACCUUGUCAUGCAGCUGGUGUCUGGUGGGGAGCUGUUUGACCGUAUCAUAGAUCGGGGGGUGUACACAGAGAAGGAUGCCAGCUGUCUGGUUCACCAAGUGCUGGAGGCUGUCAACUACCUUCACGAGAACAGCAUAGUGCACAGGGACCUCAAGCCAGAGAACCUACUGUACUUCAACUCAGAUGAGAACUCCAAGAUCAUGAUCAGUGACUUUGGCCUGUCCAAGAUGUCCGACCACGGAGUGAUGUCCACAGCCUGCGGCACGCCAGGAUAUGUUGCCCCUGAAGUUCUGGCUCAGAAACCCUACAGCAAGGCAGUGGACUGCUGGUCCAUAGGAGUCAUCACAUACAUCCUGCUGUGCGGCUACCCUCCGUUCUUUGAGGACAACGAGACCCGUCUGUUCUCGAAGAUCAUGAGGGCCGACUACGCUUUCCACUCGCCCUUCUGGGAUAACAUCUCAGAGUCAGCGAAGGACUUCAUCCGGAACAUGAUGCAAAAGCACCCUAAGAAACGCUUCAGCACAGAACAGGCCCUCAGACACCCCUGGAUCAUUGGGAAGACAGCGAGGGAUCAGGACAUCUAUGAAUCAGUCAGCAUGCAGAUCCAGAAGAACUUUGCCAAGUCCAAAUGGAGGCAAGCCUUCAACGCCACGGCAGCCAUCAACCACAUGAAGAAGCUGCAGUUGGCCCACGCCGACCCCGAUGCCCCUCUCCCACCUAUCCCCGCCUGCAACUCCCAGAAUACUCAGCAGGGCGUCAACAACAUCACCGCCAAGGACAUCGACACCAACGGCAACCUCCCAAUCCCAGUGUGUCACGUGACCCCUCCGGAGGCGCAGUGCCGGGGCCUGAGAGACAGUCACAGCGAGCCCAGGCACACACCGGUCGUUAUGGAGACAUGUAACGCAGAGAAUUGCUCCUUGUUCGUGGCAGCUAAGAGCUGUGAUGCUAUUGACAGGGCGACCAAUAGGAAUGGGCACACCAUGCAGACUGGGGUGUGUUCUGUUAUGUGAUUGAUUGACCUAAGGAUCAAUUCAUUGGCUUAAAGGUAAAUGGGUCUCAAAUACACAUUUGCUUGCCUACACUCAUGUACCCAAUCAACAAAAACUACGGAGAGUUGAUAGGAAAAGUCUAACAUGAAUUAUAUGAAUCGUCAUGUGAAUUUACACUCCCCACGCCCCUUCAGUGUUUCUGCAGUGUUGCAGUCAAGAAGUUUGAGCCACUCUACAGGUGUCAGCUGCCUCCUGCUGGUUCAGGAGUAGUACUCUGUAGUGCUCCUCUGAGAUGCCCAGAGGCCCAUAGCAAGGGCCUGGGCCCAAACCUUAUCCAGAGAACACAAGAAGACCUGAGAUUCAUACCCAACUACAACGUAGUACAUUUACACUCACACAAAAUGUAAACUUUAAUUUCUUUGACCCAAGCCACUGUCGAUGUUUAGAAGAGUGUACAUUCUGUACUUAUCUCAACA